AAAAUCUAUUUGCUAAACAAAAAUCAUGAUUAUUUUGUCUACGUUGUCAGCAGCCUCUGACCGCAAAUCCACCACUUGUUAGUUCUUUCUAGCCACAAAAGCAGAUCAACCCACGGCGCACAUUAGCCACCGCCCUUGUCUCAGUCUAAACUGCGCUUCUCCAGCUGCUGCAGGCUCUGCACCACUUGCUCUAGAGACUAGAAUAAGCCUUUUCAAAUCCCUUUUCGUCCAUUUGGGUCUCUCUCUUCCAAGUUUGGUGUCUUAGUUAGUUAUGGCUUCUUUGAGACCUACCCUUUCUCAACUUUCCCUCUCCCAAUCCAAUUUUCCCAGAAAAUAUGCGUGGAACAAUCACCUACCGUGCUAUUUCAACAAAAGGAUCGCAAAGUUGGAAUCUUUCACCGCUUCCAAUUCUUCCACGUUCAGGGUCUGCUGUAGUUCUCAAGAGAACAAUAACCAAAAGAAUGGUGAAGAGCCUCCGGAGUCAUUAUUUAUGAAGGAAUUGAAGAGGAGAGGUAUGACUCCUACAUCAUUGCUUGAUGAUUACAAACAAAGCAACUAUGGACUUGAUGAAGAGUUGUAUUUGAAUGAAGAAGAUAGAGGUUUACCAAAAAGAAAUGCUGUCUCAACCAAUGUUGAGAGGAGUCUAGACAAUCAGAGGGAACGAUCUAUGGCACUGAACAGUGAAGGUCUUGAGGGCUUGAUACCUCGUGCUAAACUUCUUUUAACAAUUGGAGGAACAUUCUUCUUGGGAUUUGGGCCAUUGAUCCUCAUAAUUGUUGCAUCCUUUUCUGCUCUUUAUUUGUAUUUUGGACCAGCUUUUGUCCAUGAUGCAAGCAAGAUGGCUAUAUCACCUCCACAAUAUGUGGACCCUUACGCACUCCUAGAAGAUGAAAGGAUAUCUCAGAUAGCACCUCGCCUAAACUAAAGGCAACACUAUACAUACUUACCUCUUAGGAAUCUAGUUGCAUAUAUCAAAUUUCUGUUUACUUUGUCUUUGUUGAUUUAGUUCCAUUGUAAAAUAUCGUUCCCAAUGAACUUGUUAUCUGUUUUGCGUUCAUCAUUGACUCAAUUCUUUAUAUCCGCCUUUUGCGUUUUGCAUAGGUGCUACGUAUAAUUUAAAUCUAAAAGAAAGCUCCAUCAGAAGAA